AAUAAAAAUGCAACCGGUCCAACCAAUUCCUGAAGGAUAACGUACAAGAACUAUCUACACUUUAAUUAAGGAUUAGAAAUAUAAAGAUGCUAUCAUCUAUUUGAACUAUGAAUUACAAUUUUGUCCAAAAAGUAGAGCUCUGUCUCUUUUGGCAUAUUGUCAUUAUAUGAAUUAAGAUUUUUCUAAAGCUGUAGCUAUGUACAAUAUUAUUUGAUAUAAUUUAGUUAUGAACAAUUAGUUAAGUAUUAUCCAGAAAUAGAUGAUUACAAAAUUUACUUAGCUCAAUCAUAUUACAAAGAUAGUAAUAAUUUAUGCUAUUUUCAAAUAUAGGUUUAUAUGAUGAAGCUCUUAAAACAUGUGCUUCUGUUGAAAAUCCACAAUAUUAAGGCAAGAUCCUUUAAUUGUAAGCUCUAAUUCGAUAUGAGAAAAAUGAGUUUCAACAUGCAAAAACAUUAUUAAAAUAAAAUGAUAUGGAUGAUCCUGAUUCAAUAAUAAAUGAGGCUUGUAUUCUAUUUAAAGAGAAUAAAUUUGAAGAGGCUAGAUAAAGAUUUUAGGAUGCUAUGAAUUUAACAGGAUAUUCAUGUGAAUUAUCAUACAAUAUUGCACUUUGCUAUUAUAAAUAAAAAUAAUUAGCAUAGUCAUUAAAAUUCAUAGCUGAAAUUAUUGAAAGAGGAGUUAGAGAACAUCCUUAAUUAGGAGUUGGUUCAAAUGCUGAAGGAAUAGAAGUGAAAAGUGUUGGAAAUUCAUAAGCAUUAAAAGAGUCAGCUCUAAUUGAAGCAUUUAAUUUAAAAGCAGCAAUAGAAUAUUCAAUUAAAAAUUAUGCUGCUGCAAAAGAAGCCUUAAUAGAUAUGCCUCCAAGAGAAGAAGAUGAAUUAGAUCCAGUUUCUUUGAUGAAUUAAGCAUUGAUGAAUAUUGAAGAGAAAACAGCUGAAGGAUUCAAAAAAUUAAAUCAUUUAUUAUAGAAUCCACCAUUCCCUCCUGAGACAUUUUCAAAUCUAUUACUCUUAUAUUGCAAAUAUGGAUAUUUUGAUAUGGCUGCUGAUAUUUUAGCAGAAAAUGCUGAUCUAACAUUUAGUACUAUUAGUUAAGAUGAUUUCGAAUUUGUUGAUGCUCUUAUCUUAAGUACUAGUAGUCCAGAAGAAUCAUAUAGAAAAUUCUAAAUAUUAUCUAAUAAACAUAUUGACACUCUAAGGAGAAUUACUAAAUCAAUUCAAGAUUCUAGACUCAAUAGAGAUAAUGAAGGUAUUAAGAAAUCAUUGAAAGAAUUUGAUGAAUGUCUUGAAAAAUAUAUUCCAGUAUUAAUGGCUUAAGCUAAAAUAUAUUGGGAUAAAGAUAAUUAUUAAUAAGUUGAAAAACUAUUUAGAUAAUCAGCAGAAUUUUGUGCAGAUCAUGAUGUUUGGAAAUUGAAUGUUGCACAUGUUUUUUUUGUUUAAGAUAAUAAAUAUAGAGAAGCUAUUAGAUAUUAUGAACCUAUUGUUAAAAAAAAUAAUGAUAAUUUAUUAUCAUUAACAGCUAUUGUUAUUGCCAAUUUAUGUGUCAGUUAUAUUAUGGUCAACUAGAAUGAAGAUGCAGAAGAAUUAAUGAGAAAAUUAGAGGCUGAAGAACAAAAAUCUUAAUAUCAGGAUCCUGAUAAAUCUGUUUAUCAUCUUUGUAUUGUUAAUCUUGUUAUUGGAACAUUGUAUUGUUCAAAAAAUAAUUAUGAAUUUGGUAUAUCUAGAGUAAUUAAGUCAUUAGAACCUUACAAUAAGAAAGUAGAAUUAUUUUAAAUAAAUAUUAGAUUAAUACAGAUACUUGGUAUUAUGCAAAACGAUGUUUCCUUGCUUUAAUUGAAGUCUUAGCUAAACAUAUGAUUAUCUUAAAAGACACAUCAUACAGUGAAAUUUUAGAUUUCUUGGAUGCUGCAGAUUCCUGUGGAAAGGCUAUACCCUCUGUAUUUAAUUAUAUUUUCUAUAUAGGUGAUUAACCCUCUAGAAUAGACAGAUGAGAAGCAUACUGUGUCUUAUGAAGCAAGGAUGAUCAAGAGAAUGUUUUUGAAAUUAAGAACAUGAAAAAUAUAUAUAUAUAUUU